UUUCUUCUCCCUUGCCUAACUCCACAGUCCGUUGCUGGCCCCCCAUUAAUCAAUGAUCGAGAAAUUACAACUGUAACUACAUGCUUGUUAGUGUAUAUAUAGUAGAAGACUGGCAUGAAUAAACAAGUAUAGGUAUACAAAAAUGGAGGAUAUGCCACCAGGGUUUCGGUUCUAUCCUACUGAAGAAGAGCUGGUUUCGUUUUAUCUCCACAAGAAGCUUGAAGCUAAAACAGAUGAUGAUCUCAACCAUGUUAUGAAUCGUGUUAUACCAGUUGUCGACAUUUAUAACUUCAAUCCGUGGGAUCUUCCUCGAUUCUCAGAUAACCUAUGUCAUAAAGACCCAGAGCAAUGGUUUUUCUUCAUUCCAAGGCAAGAGAGUGAAGCUCGAGGGGGGAGACCAAAGCGGCUAACAUCAUCGGGGUACUGGAAAGCCACUGGUUCACCUGGUUAUGUUUACUCUUUCAACAGUCGCCCCAUAGGUGUCAAACGAACUAUGGUCUUCUACAACGGAAGAGCCCCAAAUGGGAAGAAAACUGACUGGAAAAUGAACGAAUAUAAAGCUAUUCAAGACCAUGUUUCUUUAGCUAAUGCCACUACACCUCCUACCCUAAGACAAGAAUUCAGCUUGUGCCGGGUUUAUAAGAAAUCGAAAUGUUUGAGGUCAUUCGAUAGACGGCCGCCAGGGAUAUUAAAGAUAGGAGAACUGUUUCCUGGACUCGAUAAUAAUCAGUACAUUAAUCGAUUUACUCAGAUUGGGAUGAACGAUAACUCAUCGACAAAAAAGGACGUCGUCGACGACGACGAAUAUGCAUUUUGGGAUGUUGAUGGGUUUUGGAAUCUUUAGAGAUGAUGUGUAGAUGGAGAAGCUUGAAGAGAUUAAUUUCAAAGUUUGCAUUAAUGUCACCAUUUGCAUGAAACUAUAAAUUAGCCCUAUUAGAGAACAAGAAUAAGAUUUGCUCAUUAACUUAUUAUAUGUGCUUGAUUUGGUGAAAACCAAAGUUUUAUUUGUUUAUUAUUCGCUUUUGUCCCUGUUUUUAGUUUUCUUUCAUUUCUAGCUAUUUCAUAGUUACCAAGCUAGUUUCAUGUAUCGCCCUAAUUUUGUACCAUCGAUUAGUUGUAAUAAAAAUAAUUAAAUUUGGGUUUAA